AUGAAUUGGCCUCCGAUACAUUUAAAUGUGAAAUCAACCUUUCUAAAUGGUCCAUUGCAAGAAAAAUAUGUGUUACAACCUCCUGGACUUGUGAUAAAGAAUAAAGAUGAGAUGAUGUACAAGCUGCAUAAAGCCUUGUACGGGUUGAAACAAGCUCCAAGGGCUUGGAAUCUGGAAAUUGGUUCAUUUUUCAAGCAUCUGAGACUCAAAAAAUGUAAAAUGGAGAAUUAUGUGUAUGUGCAAUAUACUUCUAAUGACAAUGUGAUUCUGAUGCGUAUUUAUGUAAAUGACAUAUUACUGACAGGGAGCUGUACUUCUGAGGUAAACAAGUUCAGAAAGGUGCUAAUGAAUGCAUUUGAUAUGAGUGAUCUUGGAAACAUGGUAUAUUUUCUAGGGAUGGAAGUUGUACACUCUGAUAAGGGAAUCAUUAUGCACCAACUGAAGUAUGAGCUUGAGUUGCUAAAGAGAUUUGAGCUGAUGAAUUGUAAGUCAGCAGUCACACCUGCUGAGACAAACCAUAAGCUGGAUUAUAAUUUUGAUGGUGAAGAUAUAGGUGCUACAACCUUCAAACAGUUGGUUGGCUUUCUGAGGUAUAUGUGUAACACCAGGCCUGCCAUAUGUUAUGAAGUUGGAAUGGAACUGAAGUUCAAGGUGAGUAAACCAGACAAGUUGAUGAUAGACAACAAAUCAACCAUAAAUCUUGCUAAGAAUCCAAUUAUAGAAGCUGCUAGAGAGAUAGAGAGAGAAGGUGAGGUGAUGGUGAUGAAGGAGAGAGAUGAAGAGCUUGCUUUGUUUCUUGAGAUGAGGAGGAGAGAGAAAGAGAAUGAGAAGGACAACCUUCUCCUCUUUCAAAACUCUGAUGAACUUGAUUUUUCCAAUUUGGAAUCCAAUCAUGAGAACUCUAUGGUUUCCGAGAUGGUAUCUUCAGUUCCACCAAAGAAGACAGUGGUUGAAGAGUUCUUGAAUUCAGAGAAUGACAAGUCUGAUUAUGAAUGGCUUCUUACUCCUCCGGAUACACCACUCUUCCCUACUUUGGACAAGGAUUCACAAAUUUCAGUAAAGAGUGAAACGGAGACACGCAAUUCUCGUUCAACUGCUUUAAAACCAAGGGUAUCUAAUAUCCAAACAGAACCUACUUCAAGAAGCAAUGUAGUUUCUAAGAAUCAUGCAGCAAUGACAGGACUAGGCUCUUCCACGAAUAGCAGUAAGAGAAUUUCAUCGUCACGAGGUCCAUCUCCAGCUCCUUCAAGAUCUUCAACUCCAUCUGCAAGGCCGACAUUACCUUCAAUAACCAAAUCGUCUAGACCGUCUACGCCUACUUCCCGAGCCAUGAUAGCUUCUACCAAGUCAACAGUUCUACCGGUGAGAUCAUCAACUCCUACUAGAUCCGCUUCGAGGGCUUCAACGCCUACUUCAAAGCCUUCCGUGACAGCUCCUAAGACAUCUCAAAGAUCAAUAACUCCAAGUAUUCGAUCGUCAACUCCGUCAAAGGCAUUUGGAGUAUCUGCUCCUCCGGCUCGACCUUCGUCAGCAUCAAAAGCACGCCCUGUUGUUGCUGUGAAGAGUCCGGUGCAAUCACGUGGCAUCUCUCCAGCUGUAAAAUCUAGACCGUGGAAACCCCCGCAAAUUACUGGAUUUUCUAAUGAAGCUCCUCCGAAUUUGAAGACGUCGUUGCCAGAAAGGCCGGCUUCAGUCACUAGAAAUAGGCCUGGAAUUCCGAAUUCGAGAUCAGCUUCUGUUGAGGUGACUGGCAAUGCAAAAGCUAGAAGGAAAUCAAUCACACCUUCGAAAGGACACACUUCAACCAGGCUUCCUCACAAUAAUCAUAGCUCCAUGCAUGCUUUGAGUAGAGCUCGUUUCACCGAUGGUGAUGAAGAAAGCCCUGUUAUAAUCGGGACGAAAAUGGUCGAAAGAGUAGUAAACAUGAGAAAACUUGCACCACCAAAGCACAACGAUCCUUCUGCUAACAACAAUUCUUAUGGAAAAUCUUCUUCAUCUAGUAGCACCGGAUUCGGAAGCACACUUUCAAAGAAAUCUUUAGAUAUGGCAAUGAGGCAUAUGGACAUAAGGCGAAGCGUUCAUGGUAAUAUGCGGCCACAUGUACCGAGCAUUCCAGCUGUGUCUACAUACAGUGUGAGAUCAGGAGGUUCAUCAAAGAGCGGGACAGUGAGUUUUUCUGAUUCGCCACAUGCCACAAGCAGCACUGCUAGCUCGGAACCGAGUGUAUAUAAUAGUAGCUCCAUAUCUUAUGGAAGUGAGAUUGAAGAAAAUGAUUUUUAGAAGAUGGUUUAUUGAAUCAUCAUCACUCAUAUGAUUGUCAAGGCAUGGUUAUUACCGCCUUUGCCUUUUUUAUUUGUAUGUGGUGGAACAAAUAGAACAUGAUACUGUUUUCCAUGUGAAUGUGCUAGUGGUAGAAAGUUUGCAACAUUGUCUACAAGUGUUGUGAUAAAACGGGAUGAACUUUGUUGUAGGAAACCAUAUAGCUAUAAGUUUGUUUGUGGUACAAGAAUCAAUGUGCUGAACAUUUUGAACUAUCAAUUGAUGAGCUUGUUCAACUGUUA